AUUAAGCGAUCGAUCCCCUCCAGCUCUUCUGCCUCCCGCCAUCGUUAGAAUCCGCGAGCUUAAUGCAGCGCCACCUCCUCCAGAACGACCAGGGGAUCACGCUCAAGACGACAUCCUAUGCUGUGCCACGACGACCUGCGACCUGCAUGUCAGCCGAGGGUGCCACUUUUCACAGGCACGCCGAGAUAGAGGGGGUUGCGGAGUGCCAGUGGUCUUGUUCUCACAGGGGGUUCAAGAGGUAGUCGGCGGUGUCUCGGAUUUUAGUGGUUGGUGUUCGACCCCCGAACAUCACGAUGGUGGAGACAGGACCGACUCCAGAGCAGGAGAACAACACAGCGAAGUUCGUUAUCGGAGCCAGCGAUGAGGACUUCGAAGAGCAGGAGACGCUGCAGCUGCCG